CAUGGCAAUCGGUGAACGCGGCUACUCGCCGUCGCGUGCUCGUUGAUCGCAUCGCCCGGUUCGCGCGUGUGGUGGUGCGCGGUAUCUCGCCGGCCAAAUUCAUCGUCGUUCGUCGUGCCGGGCGACGAGCGUCGCGCCCGGUUAUGCGCGAGCGCUCACCCCUCGGGAUAUCGACCGACCGUGCAAUCGCUCUCGUCGCGAGGACGACCUCGGUGGAGCGUCGACGGCUCGCGACUCGCCGGCCGCGACCGCGGCACCUGCAGCAGAAAACGACGUCGUCACUCGUUCGUAGAGUGGCAGCAACGAUAACGAUCCGAGAAUCGUCUAGCUGAACAGUCGGAUCUUCUACUCGCGCGGGUGUUGUCGUUAUCACCGUCGCGACACUCGAGAAGGAGAAGAGGCUCCACGGAGGAGCGUGUGAUUCAUGGAGCGGGAGGAGACGAACGGAAAUGCGGAAGGAGACGCUAACGGUGAUACGACGGAGGAUACGGCGACCGCGAGCGAACGGGGCACUCCGGAAGGAUUCGAUUCCCUCGAGGACUCGGGCGCGUCGCUGGAGAUGGAACAGUCGGAGACCGGUCGCAGGACGAGUAUCUUCAAGUACUACUCGUACAAGAACGCAGAUACAAUGCCAAGUAAGGUGAAAAAGACAGGACCCCUCGUCGGCGUAGUUGACGUUGGCACGCGGACUGUUCGUUUUGUGGUAUUUAAUGCGAAGCACGUCGCGGAGAUUGCGUCUCAUCAAAUCGACAUAGAACAAAUCAGUUCGCAGGAGGGAUGGAUGGAACAGGAUCCCAAAGAGGUCCUCUUUGCGGUAAAGGCCUGCAUUAAGGACGUAAUUCGCAAAUUGGACAUGCUAGGCAUGAGGAUCGACGAAAUCGUUACUGUGGGUAUUACCAACCAGAGAGAAACUACGUUAGCGUGGGAUGCGACUACCGGCGAUCCGCUUUAUAAUGCCAUAGUGUGGUCCGAUAUUAGAACUGAUGCGAUUGUGGACCAGAUCAUAGCGAAGUUUCCGGAUCAGAGUAAGAAUCAUCUGAAGCCUUUAUGCGGCUUACCCGUGAGUCCGUACUUCUCGGCUUUGAAGAUUCGUUGGUUGAAGGACAACGUGAAGGCCGUAAGGAAAGCAAUUCGCGAGAGGCGAUGCAAAGUGGGGACCAUGGAUACGUGGGUUGUUUGGAAUUUAACGGGAGGCAAAGACGGUGGACUAUAUAUCACUGAUGUUACAAACGCGUCGAGAACGAUGUUGAUGAAUAUCGAGACGCUCUCCUGGGAUCCUACGUUAUGCAGAUAUUUCGACAUUCCUAUGCAAAUGCUACCGGAGAUCAGAAGCAGUUCCGAGAUAUACGGCAAAAUCUCGAUCGGUCCGCUGUCCGGCAUUCCCAUAUCCGGCAUUUUAGGAAAUCAACAAUCUGCUUUAGUCGGACAAAAUUGUUUGAAGAAAGGCCAAGCGAAAAAUACAUAUAGGAGUGGCUGCUUUCUGUUGUGUAACACGGGACGUACCAGAGUAUAUUCUUCUCAUGGAUUGGUUACGACUGUCGCAUAUCAGUUAGGUCCGAAGAGUCCACCUGUUUACGCGUUGGAAGGUUCAAUUGCGGUUGCAGGAGCAGCUAUUAAAUGGCUGCGGGAUAACAUGAAGCUCAUAAAAGAUGUUCAUGAAAGUGAACACUUGGCUCAAAGUGUAUUUAGCACGGGAGACGUCUAUUUCGUUCCCGCUUUCACAGGGUUAUACGCGCCUUAUUGGAGAAAAGAUGCAAGAGGAAUAAUUUGUGGACUUACUGCGUUUACCACGAAGCAACACAUAAUCAGAGCGUCCCUCGAAGCGGUGUGCUUUCAAACCAGAGACAUCCUGGAGGCGAUGUACAAAGAUUGUGGAUUUCCGUUAACGAAAUUAAACACGGACGGGAAAAUGUCGACUAACAAUCUUCUUAUGCAACUGCAGGCCGACUUAUGCGGUACACCAGUAUUUAGGUCAACUAUGCCCGACAUCACGGCCUUAGGCGUAGCAAUGGCUGCUGGACACGCUGAAGGGAUAGAUGUUUGGGAUUUGGAAGGCGAGGAAGUAGAAACAGUGUCAACCGACACUUUUCUUCCGACUACCACACCGGAAGAGAGGGACGCGAGGUAUAAGAAGUGGAAAAUGGCGGUGGAAAGGAGCUUAGGUUGGGCGACAGGAAAAAUGUCCGACCAAAUGACAGAUGAAAGGUACUGCAUACUGGCGUCCAUCCCUGCCAGUUGGUUUUUAAUAUCGAGCUUCGUUCUUCUGCGGUUAAGUUAUUACAUAGCGAACCGGUGACAGCAAGUCAACAUUAUCGAUGCGCAAGUUACCCUAGACGGCGGAUAGUCUUAAUUGCAGCCCAGAAGAAAACUUAGAGAAGUGAUAAGCUUGCUCAUUCAUGCAUACAUCGAUGCGUGCGACGACGAGUAUUACAAAAUGGUCAAAGAGAUAAAAUUGCUUCUUUAGAUUAAAUGCGUUCCAUACAUUUCUAUGCGCUCACAUACAGCGCUACGUUCCAUGGCCGAGGACAAGUAGCCAAUCACUUAUAGCCCUCCGAGUUUGGAAAUUAAUAACGCAAUCAGCACAAAAUAUUGUACAUUAUUUAAUUAUAGAUUAUUUAUAAUCUUGUUUUAUUCUUUGUGAAAUAACGAUUUCAGGUUUCUUGUGGAAUUUAUGAUGGAACAACAGAAUUGUUGUGGUAUUUGUACCUUGAAUUUAUCUCGUCGCGUGCAUAUAAUUCCAUCUUUGUUAUUAUUAUUUAUUGUAAAAACCAUAUAAAUACAAUUUUCAAUUACAUAUAUCACGGAA